AUGACGAUGGUAUACCGAUUUAUUGAAAACUGCCGCAGACGGAUUGCAAAGAAGCCGAUAGUAGCUGUACCGAGGGGUAAUAUGCGAGCCCUUUUACAAUUUCCGGCAACAAUUACCGAAGUUCAACAGAAAGAAUAUCAACGUGCAGAAUUUCAUCUUUGGCAGAUGGCGCAACAACAGAAAUUUCCUGAUGAAUACUCAAUUUUAGUGUUCAACCGAGACAAACCAGUGGACAAGUGGAAACCAUUGGAAAAGAGCAGUUUUCUCUACAACAAAUCUCCGUUCAUCGACGAGUUCGGAGUGAUGCGCAUGGAGAGCCGAAUAGAACACGCUUUAGAUUUUCCCUUUGAUCUUCGUUUUCCUGUCAUCCUUCCGCGGAAGACCCUUGUUACCACCAGACUAUUAGAAUACUAUCAUCGUCAGUUCGGACAUUCCAACCGGGAGACUGUAGUGAACGAAGUUCGCCAACGCUUCGUUAUACAAAAUCUUCGAGCUGCUAUCAAAGACGUGAUGAAGGCGUGCCGGUGGUGCAAGAUACGAAAAUGUAAACCAGAUUAUCCAAAGAUGGCUCCUUGGCCAAAGGAACGUUUGACGCCGCACAUUCGACCUUUCAGUUACGUCGGGAUCGAUUACUGUGGCCCGAUUGAAGUAACUGUGACUCGUCAUAAGGAAAAGCGGUACAUUGCGGUGUUUACGUGUCUCGUGACCAGAGGCGUACAUCUUGAAGUUGCCCAUAGCCUAUCAACAGACUCCUGCAAGAUGGCGAUACGUCGCUUCGUGAAGAGGAAGGCCGCUCCUGUGGAGAUAUUUUCUGACAACGGGACCAACUUGGUGGGAGCAAGUCGAGAAUUAGCUGAGCAAUUACUACGAAUCAACGAAGCUUGUUCGGAGACCUUUACGGACGCAAGAACGGAAUGGUGUUUCAACCCGCCCUCUGCUCCCCACAUGGGUGGUGUUUGGGAGCGAAUGGUGCGCUCGGUGAAGGAAUCUCUCAAGGCGUACGACGACGGUGGAAAGCUGAACGACGAAAUACUUCUUACAUCCUUGGCCGAAGUAGAAGACUUGAUAAACUCGAGGCCACUUACCUACAUGCCACAAGAGUCCGCAAUUGAAGAAGCUAUUACACCAAACCACUUCAUCGAAGGUUUCUCAUCGGAGAACAAGGAAGCGAUCUAG